GUGAAUGGGGCGAGGCGGCUGUGGCUGAGGGCGAGCGCUGGCGCGCGGGAGGGCGCACUUUCUCCUCAGCGCUGGGCGGGGACGGCGGCGACAGCGGCGUCUCUUCAGCGCCAGCCAGACCCAUCGGGAGACGCGGCGCGGCCGGGCGCUCUCGUCGCGGGGCCGCUGAAGGCAGUGUGAGGGGAAUUUCCCUGUUGACAACUUCGCCUCCGCCGCGCCCCUCAGCUCCCGCUGCCGCCCCCAGCACCUGGCCGCCCCACGAGCGCUCGACCGGAGACCACCGCCCGCCCGUCCCUUUUGCGGGGUCUGAGGCCGGGGGCGGGCGGCCGCGGCCCCUCAGUAUGGCCCGUGGUGCCCGGCCGGCAGGCGGCGGGGGCGCGGCGCGGCAGGGGCGGCCGCGGGGGUCCCUGUCCGGCCCUGAGCGGCGGCGGCUGCUGCACCGCGGAGUCCGCGAGGCGCCCGAGAGCCCCGGCCAGGACGUGGGGUGGCGCGGCGGGCGGCCGACUCCAAAGUUAAGCGCAGGCCGGCGGCGCGGGUGGUGGGCGCUCCUGACGCUCCAGCUGCACUUGCUCCAGGCGCUGGCUCAAGAUGAUGUUGUGCCAUAUUUUAAAACGGAGCCAGGCCUACCACAGAUUCACCUGGAAGGGAAUCGUCUUGUUCUCACUUGCCUUGCUGAGGGGAGCUGGCCUUUGGAAUUCAAGUGGAUGCGCAAUGACAGUGAACUUACCACCUACACCAGCGAAUAUAAGUACACGAUUCCGUCUUUACAGAGGCUUGAUGCUGGAUUUUACCGCUGUGUGGUGCGAAACAGAAUGGGAGCUCUCCUGCAAAGAAGAUUGGAAGUUCAAGUCGCAUUUAUGGGAAAUUUCAUGGAUACAGGCCAGAGGAAGACGGUUUCUCAAGGACAUGCAGCAGUUCUCAACUUACUGCCCAUUACCAGCUGCCCCAGACCUCAGGUGACUUGGUUCAGAGAAGGGCACAAGAUUAUUCCAAGCAACAGAAUAGCCAUCACUCUGGAGAAUCAACUGGUGAUCCUUGCAGCGACAGCAAGCGACGCUGGGGCCUACUACGUGCAGGCUGUCAAUGAAAGGAAUGGAGAGAACAAGACGAGCCCACCCAUUUAUUUGAGCAUAGCAAGAGAUGUUGGCACACCUGAAACCGUGGCCCCUGUCAUUGUGGUUCCCCCAGGCAACAGAAGUGUGGUAGCUGGGGCCAGCGAGAUCACCUUGGAAUGCAUAGCCAAUGCCAGGCCUGUUGAGGAGCUGAGCGUGAACUGGAAGAGGAACGGGGUGAGGAUCACCAGUGGGCUCCACAGCUUUGGGAGACACCUCACCAUCAGCAACCCGACAUCGGCAGACACCGGGGUAUAUGUCUGCGAGGCAACACUAGGAGGGAGCCCUUUGGAGCCGGCCAGAGCAAAUGCCUUUCUUUCUAUCAUAGAGCCACCAUAUUUUACUGUAGAACCUGAGAGUCAGAUUUUGGCAGAAGUGGAAGAAAACGUGGACAUCGUAUGUCAAGCCAUGGGGGUCCCUCUUCCCACCCUCCAGUGGUACAAGGAUGCUGUCGCCAUCAGCCAGCUCCAGAAUCCUCGAUACAAAAUGCUAGCAAGUGGAGGCCUGCACAUCCAAAAGCUGCGUCCGGAGGAUUCUGGAAUCUUCCAGUGCUUUGCCAGUAAUGAAGGAGGGGAGAUCCAGACCCAUACCUACCUGGGCGUCACCAAUGUUGCACCAGCGUUUACUCAGCUUCCCGUGGACACCACCGUGACCGAUGGGAUGACAGCCAUUCUGAGGUGUGAGGUGUCCGGGGCCCCCAAACCUGCCAUCACGUGGAAGAGAGGAAAACACAUUCUGGCCAGUGGCUCUGUGCAGAUUCCCAGGUUCAUGCUCCUUGAAUCCGGGGGUCUACAGAUAACCCCUGUCUUCAUCCAGGAUGCUGGCAUCUACACCUGCUACGCAGCCAACACAGAGGGAUCCCUGAGCGCGUCCGCAGCUCUGACCGUGUGGAAUCGAACAUCCAUCGUUAACCCUCCCAAGGACCGCGUGGUGAUCAAGGGGACCACGGCCACACUGCGCUGCGGAGCCACACAUGACCCCCGGAUCUCUCUCCGCUACAUCUGGAAGAAGGACAGCAUGGUCAUCAGCCCAUCUAGCAGCUCCAGAAUUGUGGUGGAGAAGGGCGGGUCCCUCCUCAUCAGCCAGACGUGGUCAGGCGACAUCGGGGACUACACCUGUGAGGUCGUUUCUGAAGGAGGGAAUGACUCCAGGGCGGCCCGGCUGGAAGUGAUUGAACUGCCUCAUCCACCUCAGAACCUUCUGGCCAGCCUGAAUUCUUCCUACAGUCAUGCUGUGGUGCUCUCUUGGGUUCGACCCUUUGAUGGAAACAGCCCAGUUCUUUAUUACAUUGUGGAGCUGUCUGAAAACAACUCCCCAUGGAAAGUGCAUCUGUCAAACAUUGGCCCUGAGAUGACAGGCGUCACUGUGCGUGGCCUGACUCCAGCUCGCACCUAUCAGUUCAGGGUGUGUGCCGUGAACCAAGUGGGCAAGGGCCAGUACAGUGCAGAGACAAGCAGGUUGAUGUUACCUGAGGAACCACCCAGUGCUCCCCCAAAAAAUAUAGUGGCUAGUGGGCGUACCAAUCAGUCCAUCAUGGUCCAGUGGCAGCCACCCCCAGAAACAGAGCACAAUGGAGUGCUUCGUGGGUACAUCCUCAGGUACCGCCUGGCUGGGCUGCCUGGAGAGUACCAGCAGAGGAACAUCACCAGCCCAGAGGUCACCUACUGCCUGGUGACAGAGCUGAUUAUCUGGACACAGUAUGAAAUACAGGUGGCAGCUUACAACGGGGCUGGCCUGGGCAUCUUCAGCAGGGCAGUGACCGAAUACACCUUACAAGGAGUGCCUACUGCACCCCCGCAGAACGUGCAGGCACAAGCUGUGAACUCCACGACCAUUCAGUUCCUGUGGAACCCUGCGCCUCAGCAGUUCAUCAAUGGCAUCAACCAGGGAUACAAGCUUCUAGCGUGGCCUGCUGAUGACCCUGAGGCUAUCACUGUAGUCACCAUUGCUCCAGAUUUCCAUGGAGUCCACCAAGGGUAUAUAGCUAACUUGAAGAAAUUCACUGCUUACUUCACGUCAGUUCUGUGCUUCACCACUCCAGGGGAUGGGCCUCCAAGUGCACCUCAGCUCAUAUGGACGCAUGAAGACAAACCAGGAGCUGUGGGUCAUCUGAGUUUCACAGAGAUUCUGGACACGUCUCUCAAGGUCAGCUGGCAGGAGCCCCUGGAGAAAAAUGGCAUCAUUACAGGCUACCUGGUUUCCUGGGAGGUAUACGGCAAGAAUGACUCCCGGCUCACGCACACUCUAAAUAGCACAACGCACGAAUACACAAUCAAAGGAUUGUCAUCUCUCACCACGUACACCAUUGACGUGGCUGCUGUCACUGCAGUGGGGGCGGGCCUGGUGACAUCGUCCACCAUUUCUUCUGGAGUGCCCCCAGAACUCCCUGGUGCCCCAUCCAACCUGGUCAUUUCCAACAUCAGCCCUCGCUCAGCUACUCUUCAGUUCCGGCCGGGCUAUGAUGGGAAGACGUCCAUCUCCGCAUGGAUCAUAGAGGGACAGGUUGGAGCCAUUGGUGAUGAGGAAGACUGGGUCAGCCUCUACGAGGAGGAGAAUGAGCCUGAUGCCCAGACACUGGAGAUCCCAAACCUCACACCCUACACUCAUUACAGAUUUCGCAUGAGGCAGGUGAACGUUGUUGGUGCCAGUCCUUUCAGCCAGGCCUCCCGCGUCAUCCAGACGCUGCAGGCCCCCCCUGAUGUGGCUCCAACCAGCAUCACCGUCCGAACUGCUAGUGAGACCAGUCUGCGGCUCCGCUGGGUGCCCCUGCCAGAUUCCCAGUACAACGGGAACCCCGAGUCAGUGGGCUACAGGAUCAAGUACUGGCGUCCUGACCUCCAGUCUCCGGCACUGGCCCAAGUCAUCAACGACCGGCUCGAGAGGGAAUUCACCGUUGAGGAGCUAGAGGAGUGGACAGAAUAUGAGCUACAGAUGCAGGCAUUCAAUGCCAUCGGGGCCGGACCCUGGAGUGAGGUGGUGCGGGGCCGGACACGGGAGUCAGUUCCUUCUGCCGCCCCUGAAAACGUGUCAGCUGAGGCCGUCAGCUCCACCCAGAUCUUACUGACAUGGGCUUCAGUACCCGAACAGGACCAGAAUGGGCUCAUAUUGGGCUACAAGAUUCUGUUCCGGGCCAAAGAUCUGGACCCUGAGCCCAGGAGCCACAUGGUGAGAGGGAACCACACGCAGUCCGUGCUCCUGGCGGGCCUUCGGAAGUACGUGCUGUAUGAGCUCCAGGUGCUGGCGUUUACCCGCAUUGGGAACGGGGUCCCCAGCGUACCCCUCGUCCUCGAGAGGACCAAAGAUGACGUCCCAGGCCCACCAGUGAGGCUUGUGUUCCCCGAAGUGAGACUCACCUCUGUGAGGAUCGUGUGGCAGCCACCUGAGGAGCCCAAUGGCGUCAUCCUGGGCUACCAGAUCGCCUACCGCCUGGCCAGCAGCCGCCCCAACACCUUCACCACAGUGGAGGUCGGCACCACUGUGAGGCAGUUCACGGCCACCGAGCUGGCCCCAGAGUCAGCAUACAUCUUCAGGUUGUCUGCCAAGACGAGGCAGGGCUGGGGGGAGCCUCUGGAGGCCACGGUCAUCACCACUGAGAAGAGAGAGCGGCCAGCACCCCCCAGAGAGCUUCUGGUGCCCCAGGCAGAAGUGUCCGCUCGUGGACUCCGGCUCCAGUGGGUCCCGGGCAGCGAUGGGGCCUCCCCGAUCCGGUACUUCACCGUGCAAGUGCGGGAGCUGCCUGGAGGAGAGUGGCAGACCUACUCCUCAUCCAUCAGCCAUGAGGCCACUGCCUGUGCCGUUGAAAGGCUGAGGCCCUUCACCUCCUACAAGCUGCGCCUGAAAGCCACCAAUGACAUCGGGGACAGUGACUUCAGUGCAGAGACAGAGGCUGUGACCACGCUGCAGGAUGUUCCGGGAGAACCUCCGAGUUUCAUCUCAGUAACGCCGCACACCACUUCCUCUGUUCUGAUCCAGUGGCAGCCUCCGAGGGAUGAGACCCUGAACGGCCUUCUUCAGGGUUACCGGAUCUACUACCGUGAGCUGGAGUAUGAGGCGGCCUCAGCCCCCGAGACCAAGACACUCAAAACCCCAUUGGCUUUACGGGCUGAGCUCACAGCCCAAAGCAGCUUCAAGACCGUGAACAGCAGCUCCACAUUAACGAUGUAUGAAUUAACACAUCUGAAGAGGUACCGGCGUUAUGAAGUCCUCAUGACGGCCUAUAACAUCAUCGGUGAGAGCCCGUCCAGUGCUCCCGUGGAGGUCUUCGUUGGCGAGGCGGCCCCGGCCAUGGCCCCGCAGAACGUCCGGGUGAACCCGCUCACGGCCAGCCAGCUGGAGGUCACAUGGGACCCACCGCCACCAGAGAGCCAGAACGGGAACAUCCAGGGCUACAAGAUUUACUACUGGGAGGCAGAUAGCCAGAACGAAACGGAGAAAAUGAAGGUCCUGUUCCUGCCUGAGACGGUGGUGAAGCUGAAGAACCUGACCAGCCACACCCAGUACCUGGUCAGCAUCUCUGCCUUCAAUGCUGCUGGUGACAGUCCCCAGAGCAGCCCCAGGCCAGGACGCACCCAUCAGGCAGCUCCUGGGACCCCCAGCUUUUUGGUGUUUUCAGAAGUAACUUCCACCACACUUAACGUCUCAUGGGGUGAGCCAGCGGCGGCCAAUGGCAUCCUGCAGGGCUAUCGCGUGGUGUAUGAGCCCUUAGCACCUGUCCAAGGGGUGAGCAAGGUGGUGACAGUGGAGGUGAAGGGCGACUGGCCACGCUGGCUGAAGGUGCGGGACCUCACCAAGGGAGUGACCUAUUUCUUCCGCGUUCAAGCACGGACCAUUGCCUACGGGCCCGAGCUACAAGCAAACGUCACAGCCGGGCCGCCUGAGGGUUCCCCAGGCUCCCCCAGAGGCGUCCUGGUCACCAAAUCGGCCUCUGAACUAACCCUGCAGUGGACAGAGGGAAACGCUGGCAAGGGGCCCACCACAGGCUAUGUCAUCGAGGCCAGGCCCUCAGAUGAAGGCCUGUGGGACACAUUCGUGAAGGACAUUCCCCGGAGCACCACUUCCUACACCAUCAGCCUGGAUAAGCUCAGGCAAGGAGUGACUUACGAGUUCCGGGUUGUGGCUGUGAACCAAGUGGGCUACGGGGAGCCCAGCAGCCCCUCCACAGCUGUGUCAGCCCAAGUGGAGGCCCUGUUCUACGAGGAGUGGUGGUUCCUCCUGGUGAUGGCGCUCUCCAGCCUGAUCGUCGUCCUGCUGGUGGUGUUCACCCUGGUCUUGCAUGGCCAGAACAAGAAGUACAAGAACUGCAGUGCAGGGAAAAGCAUCUCCAAUAUGGAGGAAUCCGUGACCCUGGACAACGGAGGAUUUGCUGCCUUGGAGCUCAACAGCCGCCACCUCAAUGUCAAGAACACCUUCUCAAAGAAGAACGGAACCAGGUCCCCACCCCGGCCGAGCCCUGGCGGACUGCGCUACUCUGAUGAGGACCUCUGCAGCAAAUACGACGGAGCCGUGCUAGCCGAUGGCGCAGACCUCAAGGAGAAGUCGGUGGACGCUUCGGAGUCCGAGGGCACAGGCUCCGAGUCCGAGGAUGGACCUCCCCAGCACUCCUUCGUCAACCACUACAUGAGCGACCCCACCUACUACAAUUCAUGGAAGCGGCGGGCCCCGCACAGGUACGAGGCGGUGGCGGGAGCCGAGGUGGGGCCGCACCUGCACACGGUGGUCACCACGCAGAGCGCCGUGUUCGCGCCCGCCGGCCCCGGCACCCGGACUCCGCUCACCGGCUUCUCCUCCUUCGUGUGACCGCCUCCGCGGGGUAACGGCCCUUCGGAGCCUAUCUUUAUUAAGACAAUCAACUCCGGUAACCGAGCUCAACCUGGUUUAAAGCAAAUUCUGAUAAGCGAUUAUCUUACCUACUUGUGAACCCUAGAUUUCAAUUAGGAAGGUUUUUUUAAUGGCUUUUUGUAACAUCGCUGCAGGAAGCAGUCUCUGGUUUUCUUUUCUUUUUACGAGAAGGUGUAUUUCCCUGGUGCGCCGGGACCUCGGGAGACCUCGGAGCCGCCCAGUGCUGGGCCUCGUCCUGACGCCCGGCGGAACGGCUGCAGGGCGGCAGGUGGGGAGCCCCCCGGGGCCUGCGCCUUCUCCCCAGCCGCACGCUCUCCCAGGCUCCCACCCCGCGCUCCGGGCGAGCAUCAGCUUUAAGGGGCCUGGCAGCGGUGCAGACGAGGCGGUGUCGCUGCCGGCGGCAUCCGAGCGGCUGCCUUCUGCCUUUCCGGGGGUGAGAUUCGGGCGUCUGCCUUCCUCUCGUCCUGCGCUGGCGGCCGCCUCGGCCCUCAGCCAGCAGCUCCUCUCCCGGGCACAGCACAGGGCCAACCCGCCAACCCAGAGAAGGCAAGAGGGCGUUUUCCGAAUUGCUUGUUGUCAGAGGUGUGCAUUGUUAACCAGAGUAUUUUUUAAAUUUUUUUAUCUUUUUUUAAAAUAUGUCACAUGAAAUGAA